AUGUUCGCAAGCGCGAGUCCCACCGCGGCGGCGGCGGCGGCGGCGCGUCCAUCUGGCUCGCUCGCGGGGAAGAACUCCACGGCGCGCGGCAUUCCCAAAAGUAGGGUUGCUGGAGGCGCGAGGGCUUUGGUGUCGAAUCCUCGGAAUGCAGGCGGCGGAGCGUUCGAGCGCGUCUCGGGAUGGACGACGAGCGCGCGAGCGACGGACGCGUCCGCGCCGCGUCACACAUCGUACGGGCAUCGGCCGCGCGAUCGCCACGUCGCGAGCGCGCUCAGCGAGGAUGGAAUCGACGACGACGACGUCGACGACGCGGACGACGACGAGGAAAUGAGCUUCGGUGACAUCGACAGGCUCGCAUCCGCGGCGGAGUCCAAGCGUCGCGCGGGGGACACCGGCACCGACACCGGCGUCGUCGCGGCGAAUCCCGGGAAGAACGAUCUCGUCGAGUUCGGUCUCACCGGACGGCCGCUGUUCGUCUGCCAGAGCAUCUGGUGGCUUCGCCUUUCGCAGCUCAAAACCUACCCGCCGAACGAUUCCGAAGUCAGGGACGUCGCGCGACGCUCCGGCCUCUCCACGUCUGCGGUCGAGCGAUGGUUCAACGACGCGCUCGACAACUACCAUAACCUCUCUCUCGCGGACAAGGCGACGUACGACAUCGAAUGCCAGGCGAAGCUCGAUAAGCUCGAGGAGCUCACGGUGAAGCUCGGAGAGAAGGACCCCGGGGCGUUCAUCGGCAGGGACGACGACCCGGUGAACACGUACGCCGAUUGGAAUGAGGACGGAAAGCUCACCGAUGACGAGCUCCAACGCGCGAUGGAUCGAGAUCCGCUGUACAUCGCGAUGAACGACCUCCCGGGCGUCAUGGCCGCAGAGGCGGCGGCGAAGCAGCUAGAGAAGGACACCGAGGAGGCGCUGGACGAUGAAGCGAUCGAGCGCAUCCCUCAAGACGGCUCCGAAGAAAAACCGUACCUCGUGAACCCGUACACGUUCUCCAAGUCUGGUACGUGGUCUACGGCGAAGAAAGUCGGUCCACCGGACGAGAGAGAGAAAUCCACGGAAUGGAUCGAGGACGGGGGAUGGAACGUCCUCCCGAAUGACGAGCUCGUCUCCGCGGUUGAUGGGAAGUCUUUAAACUUUGUCGGGGUUAACAACGACGUGGCGCUGCGAGACAUGUGGAAGUACGAUCGACCGUUCAAUCGUGAAUCCUUAGAAGAAGCGGUGGAGGUGCCGUCCUCGGGUCUCAUGAGGGAAGCGAAAUCGUAUCUCGGCGACAAGACGAGGACGACGCUUUCGAAACUUGCCGUCGGCACGGAGCUCCAGGGGACGGUCGUCGCGCUCGAGCUUUAUCACGGAGCGUUAGUAGACUGCGGGUGCGAAACGGACGGGCUCAUCAAAAUAUCGGAGUCUGAUUGGCUGGAGGUCAGGGACGCGUUACCGAUCGGGGCUGAAGUCAAGGUAAAGGUAAGUGCGGUACAUCAAAAAUUUUGGCGGUACCGGUUCCCCAUCGAGCUGCAAAUUCUAGAACCGAACGUUGGACACCUCAUCGAAGACGACCCACACCCUUACGGCGCGCCCAUCAACAUCUACAGCGGCGAGACCGUGCCGUACGCCUUCUUAGACGCAGGUCGUUCCAUCGAUCUGUACGUCCAAGCGCUAGGUUCCAAGACGCAAAUGGAGGCGAUUCAGGAGCUCAUGAAGAACCGAAAAGAAUCGAACGAACACGUGUUCGCCGUUGCGUCGGUAAAGACGAAGACGCAGAAGAAGGGGAAGAAACAGAGAGAGCGGAUGCAGAAACUUUUAGAAGAUUCGCAACGACAGGUGGACAAAUCCGCGGCUCUGAGAGUUCCGGACGACGAAGACGACGAUACUGCACCCAUGGCGGUGGACGGCGGUGCCGCGGCGGCGGUGGACACGCCGUUCGACAUGCGCGACGCCGGGGAGAAAACCGAGUCAAUGAUCGCGGCCGAGGAGGAGGAAGAAGAGGCGGCACUUUUUAUGACAUCGGAUACGGUUAAUGCGAAACCAGUGGAUCCUGAUGCUGUGGAAGAGGGAGACGAUGAUGAGGAAAUUGUGGUGGUGGACGGACCGGAAGCCGAGGAUGUGAGAGGGGGGCUCUCUGGAAUCACCGUGGACGACGUCAAGCCCAUGCCCGGUGAUCUGGACGACGACGACGACGAUAUCGGCGACGACGACGAGGACGACAUCGACGGCGUUCCGCCGAAAUCGAAGGCAGAUGACGACGAUGCCGACGAAAUCGUCAAGCCAUCGGCACGGUGA